AUGCCGCUCCCAACACUCAACCGCCGGCAAUCCAGUGCAAGUCAGCAGAGGCGGCGGCAUCUGCUGCUACCACUGUUGGCCACUGUCCUCGCGCUAGCCGGUCUUGCGACAUGCGCACCCACCAAGCGUAACACGUCGCUGUACACGUUCAACGUAACGCUCGAGUUGAGUAAGGCGAGCACUAUCUGGAAGGAACCGUGCGGUCAGAACGGUCAGGGUAAGGUCAGCGUGUCUUUCGGGGCCAGCUUCAACAAGAGCAUCAAAUAUCGUAACAUGGAAAGCCAGAUUCACCUGACGUUGCUCGAUCUGAACAAUUGGCGGCAUCUGCCCGAUAGCAACAACACCGGCACGAACUGGAACACCAACGCUCUCAAGCGCCAGUUUAAAUUCCUGCAACCAUUUCUGAAAAAUGAAUCCAGCUGGGAGCGACGGUUGUCGGUGUACUGGGCUUACCUGAAGAUGGUACGCCUGUUUCACGAACAAAACUCCGCCACUACCAACAUCAACCAGAAGGAGGCGGAUGCACUCGAGCGGGUCAACGAGGCAAGCCGGCAGCUACUGUGCAUGGUGCAGGAGUACCGGGUGGUGACCAAGCUCCAAAACAAGCUCAUCGAUGCCGAACAAAUGGAGCGAAAGAUCAAGUUUAACAUACAGGACGCGAGUGAGAUCAACAUUAACCUGUGGUACUAUAUGUGUCGGUUAGAGUGCUUCCUGACCCACAUGCGCAAACAUCUGCACCAGCUGAGGGUAAAGGGUAAACGGCCGCGCAAACAGAUCCGGAUGCGGUGCAAAUCCUGCCCGUACUGCAGCAAGCGCAACGAGGAGGACGACACAGCGAAAGCACCCAAGAAGAAGCACCGAAAGCAGCAGCAGCAGCAGCAACAUCAACCACCAAGAAAGCACAAUCGAGAUGACUGCGACCAGGAGAAGCACAAGCCAAACCGACAACCGAAAGGACGCAAGGGUAGUGUCCGAACGACGAGCAAACACGCGUGA